GGGACUAGGGGACCAAUCUGCGUAGGAGCGGGUGGCGGGGAAGAGAGGGGAGGAGAACUCUGAGUGGGAAGCCGACCCGGGGGCCUGAGACCCGUCGCGUCAGAGUCAGGCAAGUGAACCGGAGCAAACGACUUCCGAUCCAGUCCGUGCUGCUGCGGCUCCCGUUUGGGAUUUGAUUUGCAGCAUCUUCGAGCCUGUGCAACAAAAUACCGCGAAGCACGCCCAGCCCGCCCCCGGCACCCCAAUACGCACCCACUCCCUCGGGGUACACAGCUGGGCGCGUCCACACCCCCACAACCCCCACACGAUGUUGUGCGGAAGGACUUGCACUCCCCGCCUGUGUCGUUGAUGUCAGACCCCAGGCCAGCCUCCGGGCGCUGCAGUUCUCCCGGCUAAUGCUGAGCCUGCGGCUGGGGCUCUAGCACAGGAACCAGCCGCUGCCGCGCCCGGCCCCAGAGCCCACCGUCUGCAUGUGCCCGCCGUAGCUGCCUGCCUAUCCCGCAGCCCGCGCUCCCCGGAGCGCUGGAGACCACCGCGGGGGGGCCCCUUCUGCCCUCGGGAGAAGCGGUCUUGGAGGUAUUGAUUUCGGUGGUUGGAUUUUUUCCGUGGAUCUAUCAAUUCACAAUUCGAAUUUGGAAGAAAGAAGGAAAACAUGACGUCUCCAGCCAAAUUCAAAAAGGAUAAGGAGAUCAUAGCAGAGUACGAUACUCAGGUCAAAGAGAUCCGCACUCAGCUCACAGAGCAGAUGAAAUGCCUGGACCAGCAGUGUGAGCUCCGGGUGCAGCUGUUGCAGGACCUUCAGGACUUCUUCCGAAAGAAGGCUGAGAUUGAGAUGGACUACUCCCGCAACCUGGAAAAGCUGGCAGAGCGCUUCCUGGCCAAGACACGCAGCACCAAGGACCAGCAAUUCAAGAAGGAUCAGAAUGUUCUCUCUCCAGUCAAUUGCUGGAAUCUCCUCUUAAACCAGGUGAAGAGGGAGAGCAGGGACCACACCACGCUGAGUGACAUCUACCUGAAUAAUAUCAUUCCUCGAUUUGUUCAAGUCAGCGAGGACUCAGGAAGACUCUUCAAAAAGAGUAAAGAAGUCGGCCAGCAGCUCCAAGAUGAUUUGAUGAAGGUCCUGAAUGAGCUCUACUCGGUCAUGAAGACAUAUCACAUAUACAAUGCUGACAGCAUCAGUGCUCAGAGCAAGCUAAAGGAGGCCGAGAAGCAGGAGGAAAAGCAAAUUGGCAAAUCGGUAAAGCAGGAGGACCGGCAGACCCCACGCUCCCCUGACUCGUCGUCCAAUAUCCGCAUUGAGGAGAAGCAUGUCCGGAGGAGCUCAGUGAAGAAGAUUGAGAAGAUGAAAGAGAAGCGCCAAGCCAAAUACACGGAGAAUAAGCUGAAGGCCAUUAAAGCCCGGAAUGAGUACUUACUGGCUUUGGAGGCAACCAAUGCGUCUGUCUUCAAGUACUACAUCCACGACUUGUCUGACCUUAUUGAUCAGUGUUGUGACCUAGGCUACCAUGCCAGCCUGAACCGAGCACUGCGCACCUUCCUCUCUGCCGAGCUGAAUCUGGAACAGUCGAAGCACGAGGGUCUGGAUGCCAUCGAGAAUGCCGUAGAAAACCUGGAUGCCACUAGUGACAAGCAGCGCCUCAUGGAGAUGUACAACAAUGUCUUUUGCCCACCUAUGAAGUUUGAGUUCCAGCCACACAUGGGGGACAUGGCUUCUCAGCUCUGUGCCCAGCAGCCUGUCCAGAGUGAGCUGGUACAGAGAUGCCAACAACUGCAGUCUCGCUUAUCCACCCUGAAGAUUGAGAAUGAAGAGGUAAAAAAGACAAUGGAAGCCACUCUGCAGACCAUCCAGGACAUUGUGACUGUCGAGGAUUUUGACGUGUCUGACUGCUUCCAGUACAGCAAUUCGAUGGAGUCCGUCAAGUCCACAGUCUCAGAAACCUUCAUGAGCAAGCCCAGCAUUGCCAAGAGGAGAGCCAACCAGCAAGAGACAGAGCAGUUCUAUUUCACGAAAAUGAAGGAAUACCUGGAGGGCAGGAACCUCAUCACCAAGCUACAAGCCAAGCACGACCUUCUCCAGAAAACCCUGGGAGAAAGUCAGAGAACAGAUUGCAGUCUGGCCAGGCGCAGCUCAACCGUGAGGAAGCAGGAUUCCAGCCAGGCCAUUCCUCUGGUGGUAGAGAGCUGUAUCCGGUUUAUCAGCAGACAUGGACUGCAGCAUGAAGGAAUUUUCCGGGUGUCAGGAUCCCAGGUGGAAGUGAAUGACAUCAAAAACGCCUUUGAGAGAGGAGAGGACCCCCUGGCUGGGGACCAGAAUGACCAUGACAUGGACUCCAUAGCCGGCGUCCUGAAGCUUUACUUCCGGGGGCUGGAACAUCCUCUCUUCCCCAAGGACAUCUUCCAUGACUUGAUGGCUUGCGUCACAAUGGACAACCUGCAGGAGAGAGCUCUGCACAUCCGGAAAGUCCUCCUGGUUCUUCCUAAAACCACUCUGAUCAUCAUGAGAUACCUCUUUGCCUUCCUUAAUCAUUUAUCACAGUUCAGUGAAGAGAACAUGAUGGACCCCUACAACCUCGCCAUCUGCUUCGGGCCCUCGCUGAUGUCAGUGCCUGAGGGCCACGACCAGGUGUCCUGCCAAGCCCACGUGAAUGAGCUGAUCAAAACCAUCAUCAUCCAGCACGAGAACAUCUUCCCAAACCCCAGGGAGCUCGAGGGCCCUAUCUACAGCAGAGGAGGCAGCAUGGAGGAUUACUGUGACAGCCCUCACGGAGAGACUACCUCGGUUGAAGACUCCACCCAGGAUGUGACCGCAGAGCACCACACAAGCGAUGACGAGUGCGAGCCCAUCGAGGCCAUUGCCAAGUUUGACUACGUGGGCCGGACAGCACGAGAGCUGUCCUUCAAGAAGGGGGCAUCCCUGCUGCUGUACCAGCGGGCUUCUGACGACUGGUGGGAAGGCCGGCACAACGGCAUCGACGGACUCAUCCCCCAUCAGUACAUCGUGGUUCAGGACACCGAGGACGGUGUCGUGGAGAGGUCCAGCCCCAAGUCUGAGAUUGAGGUCAUUUCUGAGCCACCUGAAGAAAAGGUGACAGCCAGAGCGGGGGCCAGCUGUCCCAGUGGGGGUCAUGUAGCCGAUAUUUAUCUUGCAAACAUCAACAACAGCAUCUUACAUCUCAAGAACUCAAGGCUCAUAAGUGCCAAGCAAAGGAAACGGCCAGAAUCUGGGAGCAUCCGGAAAACAUUUCGGAGUGACAGCCAUGGGCUGAGUGGUUCCCUCACUGACUCCGCCUCCCCGGGGGUGGGGGCUACCUGCCGCCCAUCUUCCCAGCCCAUCAUGAGCCAGAGUCUCCCCAAGGAAGGGCCAGAUAAGUGUUCCAUCAGUGGGCACGGGAGCCUCAACUCCAUCAGCCGCCACUCAUCCCUGAAGAACCGGCUGGACAGCCCACAGAUCCGGAAGACAGUGACAGCCGGAAGGUCAAAAAGCUUCAAUAACCAUCGGCCCAUGGAUCCUGAGGUCAUUGCACAGGAUAUUGAGGCAACCAUGAACUCUGCCCUGAACGAGCUACGGGAACUGGAGCGGCAGAGCAAUGUCAAGCAUACCCCGGACGUGGUUCUGGACACCUUGGAGCCCCUCAAAACCUCCCCGGUGGUGGCCCCCACAUCAGAGCCCUCCAGCCCCCUGCACACCCAGCUCCUCAAGGACCCCGAGCCCGCCUUCCAGCGCAGCGCCAGUACGGCCGGGGACAUCGCCUGCGCCUUCCGGCCCGUCAAGUCUGUCAAGAUGGCUGCCCCGGUCAAGCCGCCAGCCACACGACCCAAGCCCACUGUCUUCCCCAAAACAAAUGCCACUAGCCCUGGUGUCAACUCCUCAGCUUCCCCACAGUCCACUGACAAGUCUUGUACUGUCUGAGGGGUAUAAUUUAAUUGUUCUAGACAAGGGGACGAGAGGGACUGACUGUUAUUAAAAUCUUCCUAUUUAAAUAGCUUGGGGACUUCAGUUGAAAAUUAGAUUUAAGUUGUUCUUGCAGGAAUUAGCCUUCCCAUCACCCAAAAUCCUGAAAAUGAAGCCCUCAUUAUCCCCCUGCCUGGCCCUUCCCAUUGCCCUCUGCUUCCUCCAGCCGUCGUAAUCCAGCCAGCCGCAGUACGUACUGUUCUUAGGUUAGCCAGAGAUAGACUUUUCCAUUAUCAGGUCACUGUGAAAUCUGGCCAGGCAAGUCAUGAGGACAUGGGCUCAAGUCUCAGUCCACUAAGACAUGGGGGAUGCCUAACCAGAUGGUUGCCUACUGACAUCCAGCUCUCAGUGGCAUCUUGUUUUGGGUACUGAUUAUAGAGAAUCAUAUGUAGUCCAUUUAGUCCAUUCUUCAUUUUACUUACACACACACACACACACACACACACAGGCUUUUCUAAACUCUGGAAUGUGUAGCCUCUCCUGGUCCUAGACCAGUCUCCUUGUUAAGUUAUUGUGGCAGUUCACACAGGAGCCAGCAGGGGUCACUGUUUCCAUUACAACCCUUGUUCGGUCUGGGCCUGAGAACCUAGCCUUUGCUAUCUCUCCAUCAUAUGAUAUUAAGCAGGAUGGGACUCAAUCCUGUGAUCUGUUUAAGGGUUGGGGGCUUUCUGUCUUCUUUCUAUUGGUGUGAAUUGGUCCUUGGUAUCUGCUUUUGCUCCCCUCCAUCUUCUAGAACUACAACUCAAUCUUAUUAUGGAACUUCUCAAGUUUUUCUGAAUGUAUAGACAUUUCUUGGUUUCCUAUCUUUGUCUCUGACAGACCAUUUUCCAUUUAAGACGUUUUCCUAUAUAAGACAGUUUUAUAGCUGGUUCCUUUUAGGAUAAAGAGUCUCAAGAGAGUUUCAUUGUGUUUAUGGCAGGUUUGGAAAAGGUAAGAAAUGGGUCCUUCCUCCCACUCAUUUGGGCACUUAAGACAAUUCAUUACUCUAUUAAAAAAUUAAAUUCAGCUUUGCUAACCCCAAAAUUGUUCCCAGACAUCCUGAGUUCACCCUCUAGUUUGGUUAUUCUAUAAGGUCUCUCUUCAGGGACCAACAAGGGCUUGGGAGAGCCCUCGUUAGAUUAAAGAGAGACAUUUCUCCUUAAAACACAUUUUCUUGUAUCCAAACAAGGACAACCAUGAGAACCUUGGCCCACGGGCGUUAACAUCUUUCCAAGGCCGGAAUCUAAGGAAAUUAAAAAGUGGAUGCUGAAUAUUUUGGCCUUCCGUUGGCCCUUUUUCUGGUACUCCAAAAAGCAAAAAUGAUGCCCUGGUCUGCUUUAAUCCAGUCUCUAAACCUGGUGCCCAUGGUCCCAGCUCCCCCCUGGCAUCAUGCUGUCCCAGGAGGACCAGGGCUGGGGACAGACCGCCCCACUCCAGGCUUGAGGCUCAGACACCUACUUGAGUUAAAGUUGAAACUCAUUCCUCUUGUCUGUUUUCUGGUUUUAAAGCUCCAAUUUUAGCCUUAUUAUUUUCUAUAGUUCAGGAGAGAUGGUGGGUUGCCAUUCAGAUAGGAAAAAUCUGAAUUUUCUUAUCUUUAGCUUAGAAGAGUCUUUCUGGACCAACAUUUUGAAGUUAGUAGUUGGUUCCGUGGAAGUGGUAGGAUGUUCCUCGUUCUGCGUGAAGGGAAAGAGGAGCUUUGUGGGAAAUCACUAAUUGGAAGGAUAACCUGUACCACUCGGGAAACCAUCUCAAGAUGAAAAGGAGAAACGAAGAGCUCCCGCAGUGGAGUGACUCAGCCAUACAAAGCAACCCACAGUCCCCUGGAUUCUUGGCUCUUAUCGCUCCGUGUGGUGGCCUGUCCUUGUCUAUCACCUGGACUUACACAGGUCUUGAGCCAACAGGGUCUUUCAUACCCGAGGAGCUAUUUCCUUGCUGAAAAUGGAACCCCACCCUUCACUUUACAUUCCUUUCGAUCCAACUGAUCCAAAUUGGUACUCAUACCUGCCCCUUUCCCCUCCCUCAGCACACUCCUCUCUAAGAAAGUUAAAAGCAAGGCUUUCUUAAUAACAGUGCUUUGGGCCUAUUCUGUUCCUGCCUUAUUUCUCUUUCAGCCCUGUACAUGACUGUUCACCACCCCCUUGGUCAGUGUCCGUCUGCUGAUUUGCAUCAUGAAUUGGACAGUGUGUGAAUGGCCACCCUCCCCCCGCUGGGAG